ACAUAACAGUUAGCUAAUUUCCAUCUUCACUUCAAAUAAAAAAGAUAAAUUCGAUUCUUGUGGUGUAUUCUUGGUGAUAUUCAAACAUGACACGCCACGUUAUAUAUAUAUAUUGCAGUCUUCUGCAUUUCUUCAUUCUCUCUCUAGUAAUUAAGACCCCUUUUCACUGAAAAGAACACACAAACUUAGAUUUCAGUCAUAGUUCAAGAUUUUGGUGAAAUGGGGUCUGUAGAAAGAUCAAAGAAGAAAGUACAGUUAUGGAAGAAAGCUGUAGUUCAUUUCUCUUUAUGUUUUGUUAUGGGGUUUUUCACAGGCUUUGCUCCUACUGCUAAAUCUUCAAUAUUUUCAAGUCAUAUUUCUUUAUCAAACAAGCCACAGUUCUCUCCACAACCAACUGAAAUGCCUCAUCCAGCAGUAACGCCGCUGCCUGGUAGCAAUGUCAAUAAGGCCACUGUGGUAUCUGAUCAAACUCCAGUGCCAGUUCAACGUGAAAAUCAAGAAGAGGAAGUAGAACGAGAAGAAGAAGAAGAAGAAGAAGAAGAACCCAAAUUGGCACCAAGGAAACUAAUAAUCAUUAUCACACCAACGAGUACUUUGGUUCGGUAUCAAAAGGUAUUUUUGAGGAGAUUAGCCAAUACUAUAAAGUUGGUUCCCCCACCAUUGUUGUGGAUUGUCGUGGAAGGGCAAACAGACUCGAAUGAAGUAUCUGAGAUGCUUAGGAAAACAGGUAUUAUGUACAGGCAUUUGGUGUCAAAGGAGAAUUUUACUGAUAUACGAGCUGAAUUGGAUCAUCAAAGGAAUGUUGCUCUUAGACAUCUUGAGCAACACAGACUUAGUGGGAUUGUUCAUUUUGCUAGCCUUUCCAAUGUCUAUGAUCUUGCCUUCUUUGAUGAGCUCAGAGAUAUUGAGGGUUUUGGGACAUGGCCGAUGGCAUUACUAUCACCAAACAAGAAUAAGGUGAUAAUUGAAGGACCAAUAUGUGAUUCAUCACAAGUUAUAGGAUGGCAUCUAAAGAAAAUGAACAAUAAUAAUCAAACGGAUGCAAGGCCUCCAAUUCACAUUUCAAGUUUUGCAUUCAAUAGUUCUAUUCUCUGGGAUCCUGAGAGAUGGGGUCGCCCUUCCUCCGUUCCACAUACUUCACAGAAUUCAAUCAAGUUUGUGAAACAAGUAGCACUUGAAGAUGAGACAAAGUUAAAGGGAAUCCCACCAGAAGAGUGCUCCAAAAUCAUGCUUUGGCAGCUUAAAUUUCCCAUUGAAAAAGAAUCAUAUGAUCCUCUCUCAAAUGUUGCAUCUGAUGGGAAUAGUGAUGAAGGAGAUAAAUCAAGAAGAUAAAAAUAAUGGGUUAGAAAGGUUCAAUUUGAUCAAGAAAUUGAUCUUUGGGCAGGAAUUAUCAUAAUUCUUUUUUUCCAAUUGUCUUUGUAUAAAUUUAUGAUCCCUCCAUUUUUUUUCCUACCUAUUUGAUUUUGCUGUAGUAUGAAUAUAUAUAGGGAGAGCUCAUCACUCAAGAGUAAGAACAUUGAUUAAUAUGAGACACCAACAUUCUGAAGUA